AUAAAGCAAAGAAAGGACGGGGGGUAACCAAAAGCUUCCAGUAAUUAGUUGAUCAGUUUCAACCGAGGCAGCUUGGAAAUCCCAGGGCGCUCACAUUGAGCAAGAAGUCAUAGAAGAAGCCUGGAGUUCAUUCAGACUCCAAGCGAGCGCGGCAGUUCAGCACCAUUACUUGUGAACAGCGCACUGGUGAUUUUCUAGGUGUUUUACAUGUGAAUUCAACCAGUGUCAUUUUUUCCUACUUCUUUUCUUAGAAAAGCGGAUUGUAAUUUUGGGAUUGUCUAUUUUGUCUAUUUAAACAAUUCCUCUGAAAAAAAAAACUGCCAAAAAAAAAAAGACUUAACCUCCCUUGCUCUACAAGGUUUUAACCGUGUACCCGAUCUUCGCCUACAAGGAUUAGCUGGGCUGUUACAAAGUGUGCUUCAGACUGAGCAGAUGCGCUGAGUAUUGUGGAUCCGUGUCUCUAAGGCGGUCGGAGUGGUGUGGUGCUGCCUAAGAGCCCCUCCAUUCAGAAGGAUGCUGGUGGGAAAUGCCUGGCGACAGAGAGGACGAGAUUUGUCAAAAGGCACUGGAACUCUUGUCGGAUCUCUGCUCUAAAGGCGAAGUGCAAAACGAAAACUGCUUGGAUUUCAUCUAUUAUUUCCGCGAUCUUGCCAGACCAAGAUACACAGAUUCAGAUGUCUCGGUGAGCUUGCUCUCUCUGGUGGUGACUGCGUGCGGUCUUGCGUUGUUCGGGGUCUCCCUCUUUGUGUCUUGGAAGCUGUGCUGGAUCCCAUGGCGUGAGCGGGGCCCGUCAGCCGGAACCAAAGCCGGCCAGCUGGAGCAGCCCGUGUACACGGACACCGAGGUCAACGACAAUGAGUACAGCGAGGAUUACAUGAAGGAGCCGACCACCGUUCCCGAGUCUGCCAUGAAAAUCAGUCACACCUCCCCCGAUAUCCCCCUGGAGGCCCAGUCCAAACCGAAAGAGAACUGCCUCCACAAUGCUCGCAUGCAGAGGCAGAUCACGGAACCCACUUCUUCCGUUCGGCACAAUUCGAUCCGAAGGCAACUAAAUCUCUCCAACCCGGAUUUCAACAUCACACAGUUUCAAAGGCAGGAGUCACUCACUGGGCUUGGGAGGAUUAAACCAGAGCUGUACAAACAGAGAUCAGUUGAUACGGAUGAUGGUAGGAGAAAUAACAGCAAAUCCUGUGGGAAGCUCAAUUUUAUCCUCAAAUACGACUGUGACUUGGAGCAGCUGAUUGUCAAAAUCCACAAAGCACAGGACCUGCCGGCUAAGGACUUCUCUGGCACCUCUGACCCUUACGUCAAAAUAUAUUUGCUCCCAGAUCGCAAAACAAAACACCAGACUAAAGUGCACAGAAAAACUCUGAACCCCGUGUUCGACGAGGUGUUUUUGUUCCCCGUUUCCUAUAAUGAGCUACCCACGCGAAAGCUGCACUUCAGUGUGUACGACUUCGACAGAUUCUCCAGGCACGACAUGAUUGGCCAGGUGGUGGUGGAUAACUUUUUAGACUUGCCCGAUUUUCCAAGGGAGACAAAACUCUGGAGGGAUAUCCAGUAUGUCACCACAGAUAAUGUGGACCUUGGGGAUCUUAUGUUUUCGCUGUGUUACCUUCCAACUGCUGGAAGAUUAACUAUAACUAUAAUAAAAGCAAGAAAUCUGAAAGCCAUGGACAUUACUGGUGCAUCGGAUCCUUAUGUAAAGGUUUCUCUCAUGUGUGAAGGGCGGAGAUUAAAGAAAAGGAAAACAUCUACAAAAAGGAACACAUUAAACCCUGUCUACAAUGAAGCCAUAGUUUUUGAUGUUCCUCCAGAAAACAUAGACCAAGUUAGCCUUUUGAUAGCGGUAAUGGACUACGACCGUGUAGGUCACAACGAGGUUAUCGGCAUAUGUCGAGUGGGCAACGAUGCAGACAGCCUGGGUCGUGACCAUUGGAAUGAAAUGCUGACAUACCCUAGAAAACCUAUAGCCCACUGGCACCCCCUGGUCGAGUGGGUAGGACAAGCACCAACAGGUGGAAGUCAAGCUGGUUCCUGCAAUUCUUUGAAGGCUCCUCCUUCCCCAUAAGAGGACAGGCCACAGUCACCGCAGGGAAUACAAUGGAUGUUGGAUAUCCGACAUCUGGAUGUCGACAACUGCAGAGAGGAAGAUUCUGUAUCGAAUUAAGUGUUCAUCUUAAAUGUAUACACAUGAGAAAACUUGAACGCAAAUGUUUCUAUGCCUACAUGAGUUUCCUUUGCAUGGGGACAUUGAUUCAGUUGCAUGUUGAAUAGCCAUCCUUCCUUUUUAUACACAGUUAAAACUAACAAAGUCGUUCUAAUUUCUGUGAAGCAUUACAUCUUAAAGUAAAUGUUUUCAACAUAGUGUUGGUAUACAUCUGAUAAUGUGUCUGCAUUGCACAUUAUUAAUUAUAUCAACAAAUGUCUCAUUUGUAUUGACUUUCUCUGAAUAUAAUGCAUGAUUUCAUUUUGGCAGGAAAUUCUCAUUAACUCUUUCUGUUAACGUUUUGAAAUCAGUGAAAUUGUAUGAUAUAAACGCUAGUAAAAUGUACUGUGGCUAUUUAUAGAACUAGUAUGUAAUAUGGUCUUUAAAAUGUU